AUGGUUGCAGACAUGGUAAUCUAUGCCUUCCCGUGGGAUGCAUCCACUUCCGUUGCAAAUCUCACAGAAACACAAAUACAGCAGCUGUGUGCGCUAAUUGGAAAUAGUACAAUCUCGCCUGUCGAGCUGGUAACGAAUUCUACGACUGCCCAUGACGACUUGGUAACAUCGACGUCAGCUGCUAUUGCAUCAAGUUUUCUUCAUCAAAGGCCGCCUUCUUAUUUAGUAUGGGGUAUCGGCCUCACAUUUGUCACUAUUAUUAAUAUGUGCGCAGUAUUAGGAAUAGGAGUUAUGCGAUAUCUCACGAAGGACGCGUAUAAUCAGGUUAUUACACUUUUUGUUGGUCUAGGAGUUGGUUCGCUAUCCGGAUCAAGUUUUUACCACUUGCUACCACAGGCACAUCCAUCACUGAUGGAAGAAACGGACGAGCAUGGACAUCUAACGCAUUCCUAUCUUCAUAUGGCUCAUUUUUCGCUGUUAGGAGUGUAUUUGUUCUUCAUGUGUGACAAAGUCAUUAAAAUCGUCUUGGAGAUGAGAAAGCGUAACCGCUCUCAAAUUGUUACCGUACAUGCCUCAGAGAGAGACGAGGUUUCGAAUCGAAGCGACUCUGCCCUCGUUCCAAACAAAUCCGAUUUGAACGAAAAUGAAAAUGGAAAGAAGUGUGAAAGUGCCGAAAUUGAGAUGAUGAAAUUGGAAUCGAAUGCUGGGAAGUCGAUGGGUGAUCAGUGCUUUUCUGCCCGACGUCAUUGCAAGGUGCCCGCACUUCGGAUUUUCGGAUCCCUGUUUGCCUCCGGCAAGCAUCGAGAAUUUGGCGACGAGAACUCAAAGCAUCGAAGUUCUGCUCAUGGAAUAUGUGUUCACGACCACUCCGUCGAAUUUCGAGUUGGUGACUCUGCGAUAGCUGCAGUAGCGUGGAUGAUUAUAUUCGGAGACGGUUUCCAUAACUUUAUCGAUGGGAUCUCAAUUGGAGCGUCGUUUGCGGAAUCACUGCAUGCUGGGUUGUCGGUAUCGCUUGCGGUGCUUGCGGAAGAGUUUCCUCAUGAGCUUGGUGAUGUUGCAAUCCUUGUGGCUUCCGGAAUGACUCUUCGUCAAGCUCUCUUAUACAAUCUGUUAAGUGCUAUUACUUGCUAUGUCGGGUUUGUGAUCGGUGUUGGAAUUGGUGAACUGGGCCCAGAUGUCUCAAAGUACGCAUUUGCACUGGCUGGUGGGAUGUUCCUUUACAUCUCACUUGGUUGUAUGAUGCCCGAAAUGAAGAAAGCAAUGGAAGAAGCGCUGAAUGUGUCCAUGAAACGUGGUCUUUACGUUCUAUUUCUGCAAUCAGUAGGCUUAUUUACUGGAUUGUUCCUGAUGUACUUUAUGGCAAGGUACGGUGAGGAGAUCUCGAUCUAG